UCGGUGCAAUAGACCCGACCCAUCAGAAAGGAAACACUGAAAUCAUAGAAUGAAUCUGAGAUUGCUGCUACCAUGUUUUUUUCUUCAUUCAAAAAGUUGUUUUACAUUUCGGAACUUUCAAAACUUCAUAAUGAAUAAGAGUAAUUGCUCGAGGGUAGUUUUACCUCAGAGGAUACACACAAAUGUCUUUAAAAAUGUAAUUGUUCGCCAAAUCUCCACAUGUUACCAGUUAUUACAGGAUAAAACUGAAAAAUCCCUCUGCCUCACUAAAGGUGAUGAAAGCUAUUUUGAUUUCAAAGAACUGGAAUGCAAUUCAAGCGCAGAGCAAAGAAUGGGACAUUUUAUGGCAUUAAUGUGUGAAGCAUUUAAGCUGUCAGAAGAGGAAGCAGAAGAUAUUGUAGAAUGCUAUCCAUUCUUAUGGAAAGAAUUCUUUCAUAAAUCCUUUACCCAUUUAAAAUCAAUGGGAUUAGUAAAGACAACAUUUAUGCAGUAUCCAUGGCUUAUUUCCAUGUCUCCUGAGGAAAUUGAUUCAAAACUUCAAAUAGUAUCAACAUCCUUUCCUGACAUGGGAGAUGUGAACACCUGUGCAUGUUUAUUCAAGUAUCCAAAUGAAAAGAUUGAUAUGCUUAUCUCUAAUUGGAAAAAAGAGGCUGUGGAAUUCGAACAACCAUCGAAAUUUCAUUUUCUGGCGCAUGCUUUAAAGGUUCCUAUAGGAAAAAUUAUGAAUCAGCUAGAAACUAAGAGCUUCCUUUUGAGUUUGUCUUACUCAAGAAUUCAGGAAGGAGUAAAUAUUUGUCUUGAUGCCGGAGUGCAGAGAGAGGAUGUUUUAAACGAUCUAUGGGUAUUGCGUAACCGUCCCAUAAAGAUACGGAACAGAAUCGAAACUCUAUUACAAUCCAAGAUUCCUGUAAAACCAUGGGUUCUAAGAGCCCGCAUUCAGUCGUUUAAGACAAAAAAAAAAUGCCUUACAUUUUCUUAUAGCUAUAUUGAGGAAUAUUGGGAAGAGAAGCAGGACAUGGAAUAUGAUAAUAAUUUAUCUUCAUACUUGAUGACACGGUUGAAAUGUGAGCUUUCAGUUGUUGAAAGGAUGAUGAAAGUUUUUCCCAAUUUACAACGGGCUACGAUACGGAAGGUUAAGCCAAAUAUCGACUACUUGUUAGUAGUGAAAUGUAUAGAUCCCGGCCUUGUUAUAAUGACUCCGCGAAUUUUAUGCCAAAAACUUGACACCGUGAAAGACCGCAUAGAGAUAUUGGAAACAACCGGCAUUCAGUACUCUUCACUAUGGAUGGUAGGCAGGAGUCAGCGUGAGUUUGAUGAUUUUGUAAAACGUUGGAAGACCAAAUAAGAUGAAUUAAACCCAUGGUCGUGAAAGUCA